GGCCCUGCUUUCCAUGUAGAACAUUAUGAGAGCAGCUCAAAAACCCACAACCCGCGACCUUCUAAUAUUUACCUGCUACUGUAUUUUCGAAAUAGCCCAACUAGGCGGGAAAACCGCGGACCUGGCGGCUCUGACAGGCUGCCGCGACUGCGCCGCGUCUGGCAGCGCGAGGGUAUGACAGUUUCCGCCCCAACUACCGGCAAUUCCAGCAAAUGGUGAUAAAACUGUAAAAAACACCAAACAAUAUGACUUAAAGAUGAUAAUUUAAUUAUACACUAUAUUAUACAUACGAUAAUUUUUGCCUAAAAAUUAAAGGGCCGACUUACGACCGGUCAGUCGGGAACCGAUCGCGGUCAUAAGUCGAUGACGACCUGUAAUUACAAACUGAGAACGCGGGUUAUCUCACAUAGUUUAAAAUGUAUUGAUUGCCUUAUUGGUUUUGUAAGGAAGAUAUAUGAUGCCCAUGGUAUGAUUAAUAGGCAAGUGAAAUAAUUAAGAUUUUCCCUGACUUGACUCAAAUACUGAUUGCUAUCUAAUCAGAAGAUGAUAACACCCUAAAUUGCUGGUACAAAAAGGACCGUCUCACUGUGCCCUGCUGCCAGCUUCAACUAGGAUAUUUUUUCUGGGGACUUUGCUCUGUACUUCUAAGGGACUUAGAGUAUAUGUGUGUCUCUAUGGGUGUGUGCUCGCCGUACCUGCGUAUGUGUUCGCAGCCCACACGAUCACAUGCUGAAGGUCAGCAUACACAUUAACCGAAGACUGAAGAGGAAGGUCUGUGAAGGUACGGUAAGGCAUCCUUCAGGGGGAGACGAGCAGAGCGCCAUCAAACACCGACACUGUGACUGAGCACCACAGCCAUGGAGCAGAAGAGACGCGUGGGGUACGCCAUUCAGCGUGAGGUGCUGGACGAGCAGAAUGUGGAGGAAAUGGCCGAGAAAUCAGAUGCCAAGACUCCCCUCUCACAAAAGAUAAAGAAGUCACUCAGGUGUUCUGGGCCCAGGCUGAAAAAAUCCAUCCUGAGUUGUGUUCCUAUCAUUUCCUGGCUGCGCCGUUACUCCCUGAGGGACUGGGCCAUUGGAGAUCUGGUGUCAGGCAUCAGUGUGGGCAUCAUGCACCUGCCCCAGGGAAUGGCGUACGCCCUGCUGGCUGCAGUUCCCCCGGUCUUUGGACUCUACUCUUCUUUCUAUCCCAUCUUGGUUUACUUCAUCUUUGGUACAUCUCGCCACAUCUCCGUGGGCACCUAUGCGGUGAUGAGCGUGAUGAUCGGAGGGGUGACAGAACGCAUCGCUCCGGACUCCCACUUCUUAGUUUGGGACAAUGCGACCAACACCAGUGUGCUGGACACUUAUACCCGCGACCACGAGAGGGUGAAGAUCGCUGCCGCAGUCACCUUUCUGUCUGGCAUUUUACAGGUUUUGCUGGGAAUGGUGCAGUUUGGCUUUGUGGUGACUUAUCUCUCUGAGCCGCUGGUCAGGGGAUACACCACUGCUGCCGCCAUCAAUGUUAUUGUUUCCCAGCUCAAAUACUUCUUCGGAAUUCAACCGGAACGUUUCAGCGGGCCUUUCUCCCUGAUUUACACGGUGAUUGAUGUUUGCUACUUGCUUCCGAAGACAAACAUUGGAACUCUUGUGGUCAGUAUUGUGACCACGGUCGGCCUUAUUGGUGCCAAAGAGGUCAACUCACUUCUUGCCCGCAAACUACCGGUACCCAUUCCUGUGGAACUGCUGGCUAUCAUCAUAGCCACAGUGAUUUCCUGGCAGUUCAACCUAGAUACAAAGUAUGGAGUGGAGGUAGUGGGACCCAUCCCAUCUGGCCUCCAGCCCCCGAGAGUACCCGAGGUCUCCAUUCUUGGACAGGUGAUAGGGGAUGCUUUCGCUUUGGCCAUUGUUGGGUAUGGCAUUGCCAUUUCCCUGGGCAGAAUAUUCGCACUCAAAUAUGGCUACAGAGUGGACAGCAACCAGGAGCUGGUGGCCUUGGGCCUCAGUAACACGGUAGGAGGGCUGUUCCAGUGCUUCGCCAUCAGUUGCUCCAUGUCUCGCAGUCUUGUCCAGGAGAGCACUGGAGGAAAAACUCAGGUAGCUAGUGCUAUCUCGGCUUUUGUGAUUCUCAUCAUUUUGUUGAAGAUUGGAGAACUCUUUGAGCAGCUUCCUAAGGCAGUGCUGGCAGCCAUCAUUUACGUGAACCUGCACGGGAUGAUGAAGCAGUUUAAUGACAUCCGCAUACUCUGGAGAACUAACCGAGUGGACAUGGUUGUGUGGAUCGCCACCCUGAUCCUCACCGUGCUGUUUAACCCUGACAUGGGCCUAGCUGCGUCCAUCGCCUUUUCCAUACUCACCGUCAUCUUCAGGACUCAGCUGCCUCAGUACUCCAUUCUUGGCCAGGUCAAGGGCACUGAUAUCUAUAGACCCAUCAACCAGUACAAGCAGGCGUACCAGCUGCCAGGCUUGUUUAUUUUUCGCUCUUCUGCCACGCUGUACUUCGCCAACGCUGAGAUGUAUGCAGACGCCCUUGCAGCAAAGAGUGGGAUUGACAUCACCAAGAUCCUGACACGUAAGAGGAAGCAAGAUCUAAAGAAGCUGAGGAGGGAGAAGAAAGAGGCCAAAAAAGCCAAGAAGGAGGCAAAGAAGGCGGCCAAGAUGGAGACCAAGAUGGAGGCCAAGAUGGAAUCCGAUACAGAGGCGGAACCGGGGACUGAAACGGACGAAUAUGAAUUGGAAGAACCCGAAUCCCCGCAGAUGAGGAUCAGUACCGUGGCAACGGUGGAAGGGAGUUUUCAGACAGACCACGCCCUUCCUCGCGCCAUCAUCCUGGACCUGAGUCCCGUGAAUUUCCUGGAUACUGUGGGAGUAAAGACAUUGCGCAAUAUCCUGAAAGACUAUGGGGAAAUCGGGGUGGAAGUCAUUUUGGCAGGCUGUCAGCCCUGUGUUGUGGAGAAUCUGGAGAAGGGAGAGUUCUUCAAUGAGAAAGUCACCAAGGGAUGCCUCUUCUCUUCUCUUCAUGAUGCGGUGCUUCAUUGUCAGAAAGAUGAGGCCAGGCAGCACAUGACUGACCAGGUUUUGGCAGGAACUCACUUGUAAAAUCCUGGAUAAAAUUACAGUGGGACAAGCUGAAGACCCAGCAGAAAAAUAUAUAUAGAGACUUGUUGUAACCACUGCCAUUACUAUUUCCUGAGUAAUGUUUAAGGCAUCAUUUACUUAUUCCUAAGUUGAAGUUUAUUUAUUUAUUUGUUUUUUUUCUGAAAAAUAAAUCCUUUUCCAUUGAACUGC